AUGAAUACCAGACAGGUUAUAGAUACCUCGACGGGCCCAGUGUCACAUUCAGCCGCCUUUAACGCUGACAGCUCUUCAUUCUCUGUCGGACUUGAUACCGGCUUCUGCAUUUUUAACUCAGACCCAUGUGAACUCAAAGUUUCAAGAGUAGAUUUCAAUGCAGGCAUCGGAGUGGUCGAGAUGUUGGGUCAAUCUAAUUAUCUAGCUCUGGUGGGUGGAGGCCGCAAGCCCAAAUUCCCCCAGAACAAAUUGAUUAUCUGGGAUGACGCAAAGCAACGAGCAGUCAUCACGCUCGAGUUCCGCACUUCUGUCUUGCGCGUCCGAUUAUCCAAGUCCCGUAUCGUCGUUGUGCUACAUAAUAGCAUACAUAUCUUUGCAUUUUCGAUCCCCCCGCAGAAAUUGUCUGUCUUCGAGACCGCAGACAACCCUCAUGGCUUGGUCUGUCUGGGGACCAAACUGCUAGCUUUCCCCGGAAGAUCCCCAGGACAGGUCCAGCUUGUCGAGCUCGAGACGGGGAAUGUCAGUAUCAUUCCGGCUCAUAGCUCUCCAUUAAGAGCUAUCGACCUUAGCCCCAAUGGCGAGGUUUUGGCAACGGCGGGAGAGACGGGAACGCUGGUUCGAAUAUUUGCUACAACAAAUUGCGCAAAGAUGGCUGAGCUCCGGAGAGGUGUAGAUCAUGCGGAAAUAUUUUCGCUGGCCAUAUCCCCCUCAAACACGCUUCUCGCCCUCACGUCAGAUAAAUCUACCUUGCACAUUUUUGACCUCCCGCAUGCUCGCAACGCCACGCCUCCCGUAGAAGGCGCAAACCAGAAAUGGGGUAUCCUUGGGAAGGUCCCUCUGCUCCCUCGGGUAUUUUCUGACAUUUAUUCUUUUGCAAGCGCUCAUUUUGAGAUUGGCGAUGAGGGUCCUCUUGGUUCUGCAUACCUCCCUCCCCUGGGCUCCUCGCUCGGACGACCAUCGAAAGGGGUUAUUGGAUGGAUUAGUGACACGACUCUUCUGGUGAUAAGUGCCGGGAAAGAGGGUAGGUGGGAAAGAUUCGUCAUCGGACAGGACCAUGAUGGAAAGCGAUAUUGCGUCAGAGAAGGCUGGAAAAGAUAUCUUGGAGGUGGUUGA